CGGAGCAGCGCGCAGCAGGUGCCCGCGGGAGACGCAGGGAGCCGGCAUGGCGCAGCCCAACGCACCCCCCCCUACGAUGACAAGAACCCCCUCUACCCCCCGCCCCCGGGGGGUACCCCCAGCCCCCCUACUAUGCCGGGGGGUACCCGCAGCCCGGGGAUACCCUGCAGCAGGGGGGUACGUGCAGCCAGGGGGGUACCCGGCAGCAGGGGGGUACCCCCAGCCGGGGAUGGCCAUGCCCACCAUGCCUAUUCGGUUUGCUGACGAUGGCAUUGGGGAUGGCUCCCCCUUCCAAUCGGCUGACUGGGAUGACAGGAAAGUCCGGCACACCUUCAUUCGCAAGGUCUACGCCAUCAUCUCCGUGCAGCUGCUGGUGACAGUGGGGAUCAUCGCUGUGUUCACCUUUGUCUCCCCCGUCCGCUCCUUCGUCCAGAGGAACGUCGCCAUCUACUACGCCUCGUAUGCCGUGUUCCUGGUGACCUACCUGGUGCUGGCCUGCUGCCAGGGUCCCCGGAGACGCUUCCCCUGGAACAUCAUCCUGCUCAGCAUCUUCACGCUGGCUAUGGGGCUGAUGACGGGGACGAUCGCCAGCAUGUACCGGACCAACGCCGUCCUGAUUGCCAUGCUCAUCACCGCCAUCGUGGCCAUCAUUGUCACCAUCUUCUGCUUCCAGACCAAGGUUGAUUUUACGUCGUGUCCGGGGCUCUUCUGCGUGCUGGGCAUCGUGGUCAUGGUGACCGGGAUUGUCACCGCCAUUGUCCUCUCCUUCAAAUAUGUUCCCUGGCUCCACAUGCUGUACGCUGCCAUCGGCGCCAUCGUCUUCACCCUGUUCCUUGCCUAUGACACCCAACUUGUGCUGGGGAACAGGAAGAACACACUGAGCCCUGAGGAGUACAUCUUCGGUGCCCUUACCAUCUACACUGACAUUGUCUACAUCUUCACCUUCAUCCUGCAAAUUGCAGGCCGGGAUUAGCCCCGGGACCCCUCCUGUCCCCCUGCCGCUGCCCCUCACCCCCUCCUCUGGCCUCUGUACAGGAUACAGCCACUUACCGUGACUCCUAACGCUUCAGCAUCCCUACCUGUAGGCUGCUAAGGAAAGGGCUUCCCUUGAUCACCCCCCCAUAAGCCUCCAAGGGUGGUGUGAGGGACUGGCUGCCAGUGUUUAGGCAGUAACUGGCCUCAGCACCGCUCGCUGAGGCCGUGCUGGCGGUGCCGGGCUGGCAGCGGAGCACCACGGUCCUGCCUGGGCACGGGGAGCUGGCAGCGGCUGCUGGGAUCGUGUUGGGAUUUUUUUGGCAGAGCCCGGUCAGUGUCAUUCACUUGGUGCCUUAAACGCGGCUCCGGCCGUGCCCCUCUCCCCGAGCUGCAGCGGUGCCCAGGGCGGGCAGGGGGCAGCUGGGACCCCCGUGGCGGGACUCAUGGCAGAGCUCAUGUCGCACAGGCCCUGCAGCUACAGACGUGGGCAAAGUUGCACUUGCUAAAUAAAACACUCUGGUUUUCCAGACGG